GUGUCGUCUGUCUUUCUGUUUAUGAAGUAAACAAUGUUCUUCUCUGCACGUUUUUUAGCUGACAGUCGUUUGACCCGGUUUUAAGCAAUGGGCUUAUUAGUUAAUUAAUUGUCUCUUACUAGUCUCAUUUUUACUAUUUUUUGAAAUUUGGAAAGUUGUGAUCAUGAAACUAUCUUAAAUAGGAAAAUUUCACGGAUGGAUUCUUUAAUAUCUACCCCACGUUCUUCACCAAUGCAUAGCUUACUUCAGUUUAAUUCCUCGGAUUGGAGAAGAUCUUUAUCGGAAAUGAAUCGUACCAUAACCCUACUUGGCAAAUUUAAAGGAAGUCAUGCUAAUAUGAAAAUCGAUCCCUGCAUUCUUUUUUAAAUAGCUUCCGUUCAGCUUUGCAAAAAGAAAAGUUCGCUAUCAACUCAGCUACCAAGUAACAGCUUCAAUAUGGAUUUCCGUCUCCUUCCCACCUCGAAAGAAAUUUUAGAGUCAACAAGCCCUGAAUUGUAUCCCAACAUUAUCAAAGGAGAGUACCCUGAUGUGGACACUUAUUUGGACAUUCAUUACACUUUGCAAAGAGAAGACUUUAUUCGGCCAAUCCGGGAAGGCCUUGCUGCUUUCAGAAAAGCUCCUGAUAAUGGGAAGAACUCCAACAGCUUACGGAUAUUUCACAAUGUGCAGUUUUCUAAAAUCAACAGAGUCAGUCAUGAAUUGGGGAUUGAUGUUCUCUUCAAUAUUGAUGACUGUAUUGAUGAGGACUGGGAGAACUCCAAGAGAUUCAUGCGGGGGUCACUCUUAAUUUUUACCAAGGAUGACUUUAAAACUGUGAUUAUGGGUACAGUUCUGCAACAUAAUCCAGCUCAGCUUAGAAGAGGUUGUGUUACAGUGCAACUUAAUGAUGUAAGUCACUGUUCAGUUGAGAAGAGUGUACAUCGGUACACAAUGGUUGAACCCGAUACAUACUUUUUGCCUUACAGUCAAGUAAUGAAAGUAUUAUUGAGUCUAAGUGAGAGGUCAUUUCCAUUCCGUAAUGAAAUUAUUUAUGCCUAUAAAGGAGGAUAUGAAAUAGAGUACAUUGAUCAGUCAACCCGCUUUGAAUUACCCUGGGGUGCUUUUGCACCUGCUCAAGAAAUUGAUCGCUAUCUCACUGCUCGAGAUAUGUGUUUAAACGAAUCACAGUUUAAAGCUCUUACUGCUGCUCUUACCAAGCGCUUAGUUCUCAUACAAGGGCCUCCUGGAACAGGAAAAACUCAUGUUGGAACUAAAAUUGUGGAAAUUCUGUUGCUUAAUUCUAAAAUCUGGAACAGAAAUAAUGAGACUCCACUUCUGGUUGUUUGUGCUACAAAUCACACACUGGAUCAAUUUUUGGAAAGGCUCCUGCCUUUAACAGAUCGGGUGGUAAGAGUUGGAGACCAGUCAAAAAGUGAGAAACUCAUUCCAUAUAAUUUGAAUACAAUCCUUCGGAAUGAGGAGGGUAGACAAAAUCAACCCGCCUCUAUGAGAAUUUCUUAUAAAACAAUGAUGCAACAAUGGAAUAGGAUUGAAAAGUUACAACAGUUCAGAGAUAAAGUUGGACCCGCCUUGAAUGAACGCCAUAAAUAUGAGCAAGAAACUCUGCUACAAGAAAAAGACUACUAUGAAAGAGUGCAAGCUUUCAAGGAGGUACAACAAGAGAAAGGUCUUGAAAAGCUUCAGGAGGCGUUGAUAGUUGGUAUGACAACCACCUGUGCUGCUCAGAUGAAUUCUGUUUUGCAGAAACUACGUUCUCCUAUUGUUGUGGUUGAGGAAGCUGCUGAAGUUCUUGAGGCACACAUCAUUGCAUCUCUCACACAAUAUUGCAAACACCUCAUAUUGAUUGGUGAUCAUCAACAGCUACGCCCUUCAACAGCUCAUCCAUACCUUUCUGAAAAGUGUCAUCUGGAAGUUUCACUGUUUGAAAGGCUUGUGAACAAUGGUGUUCCCUACCAAAUGCUCAAGACCCAGCACCGCAUGCGUCCUGAUAUUGCUUGCUUGCUCACCCCUGUGUUUUACAGCGUUCUUGAAAAUCACCCAUGCACUCUUAAUCGGGAGCCAGUUAGGGGAAUGAAGAAAAACAUGUUCUUUAUGUCUCACUCAUUCCAUGAAAAAGAGCAUAAAGCAACUCAUGGGUACUCCAACAUGUUUGAAGCUACAUUCAUCAUCACACUUUGCCAACAUCUUUUGAGACAAGGGUACAGGGCCUCUGAUAUUGUCAUUCUUUCGAUGUACAUUCAGCAAGUGAGGCUGCUGAAACAGCUGCAAUCAAAGGAAAAAGAAUUAAGUUCUUUGGCUAUAACAUCAGUUGAUAAUUUUCAAGGUCAAGAGAGUCCCAUUAUUCUUCUCUCACUUGUAAGAAACAACAAAGGCACUAUUGGAUUCCUGCGCACUUCAAACCGCACCUGUGUUGCACUGUCAAGAGCACGGAAUGGUCUUUACAUUUUUGGUAACAUUGAAUUACUUGCGUCUCAGAGUUCAGUGUGGGAGAAAUUAAAAGAUGUUCUCACAAAGCAGGGAGCUGUUGGUCCAGGUUUACCUGUUGUGUGCUCAACUCACCUGACUUCAAAUGCUGCAGACUUGUACCGCAUUGGAAACUUGUCAUCAUGUCCAAAUUGCUCGUAGGCUCUAGUUUGAUUAGCUGUAAAUUUCAGGCAAAAGGACAGAAUGGUUUAUAUACUCAAUUCAUUUUAUUGAGAACCAAUUUUCCCCAUUUCACACAUAUACAAUCAAGAGUAUGAAAUACAUACAAACUUAAUUGUCAUUUGAAAACAAAAAUCACUUAUUUGAUAGAAAAAUAACAAAAUGUAGCAAAGUCAUCCAACUCUGCAUACUUGAUGUUGCAUGCUUCACUUUAGUCAAAGAUGUAAAAUGUCAAAGAUUGUAAGCACUAAGUUAAUAAAUUAUUCAAAUUAA